AGGGCAAAAUAAAAGCACCGGAAACAACGAGAGCAAUGUGCCUUAACUCGAAGAAGGCCCAUGACUUGCCGACUCCGUGCACCACUGUGUUGUUUCUGAGACUAUUCAUCUUCGUCUUCAUAUAUCUUCUUCGUGGUCAACCUUAGCCUCUCUUCAGUUUUAUUCGGAACGUACCCUCGGUAAGAUUUUUUUCGAUACAAUGACCAAGAGGAGACGGCCCGGGAAUGGACAGCCACUUCAGAGCCAGAAUCCAAAAGUUGAUGAGCCCACGCGGAUUCGAUUUAGCCAGAUAUUACAAGAGUUUCAGAAAUCCAAUGAGAAAGAAUACAAGUUUGAUGCCACUUUAUCCAAAAAUGAACGUGCUUUAGUGCAUCAAAUAUCCCAAAAAAUGGGUAUGAAAUCAAAAAGUUAUGGGACAGCAAAACAACGUCGUAUAUCUGUUUUCAAAACUGUAAAAAAGGUUGACACCGUUACAGGGUUAGAGAAGCUUCCUUGUUUUGCAUUUUCCGAAGGGGCACAAAUGGUAUUAGGGAAUCUAUUUGCCCAUCAUCCACCUGGUGGUGGAGACUUGCUGGAAGAGAUGGUAGGAAGACGUAAUGACAAAACUAAUAAAGCAAAACAAAAUAAAGAUGAUAUUUUCAGCAAGCCUUCCAUGAGCAAAGCUGAAAUUAGUAAGAAAUUGGAAGCAUUUUCUUCUAGAAUGAAGACAGCCCCCCACUUACAACAGAUCACAACACAGAGGUCUAAACUUCCAAUUACAGCAUUCAGGGAUGUAAUCUCAUCAACUGUUGAAUCUCACCAGGUAGUUCUCAUAUCUGGUGAGACUGGUUGUGGAAAGACCACACAGGUCCCACAAUAUAUUUUGGAUCAUAUGUGGGGCAAGGGUGAGGUAUGUAAAGUAGUUUGCACUCAACCUCGACGUAUCUCUGCAAUUUCAGUUGCUGAGAGAAUUGCCAGUGAAAGAGGUGAGACCAUUGGAGAAAAUAUUGGUUACAAGAUACGGUUAGAAAGCAGAGGUGGAAAGCAUUCAUCAGUCAUGCUAUGUACAACUGGAAUUUUGUUGAGGGUCUUGUGCUCGUUUUCUAAAUGUUUGAGUAGAUCAAAGACAGGAACCAUGAGGAAUGACAAAUUCGAGAUCACUCACAUAAUUAUGGAUGAAGUUCAUGAAAGGGACCGGUUCUCAGACUUCAUGAUGGCAGUUGUUAGAGACAUGCUCCCUUCAUACCCACACCUUCGCCUGGUACUAAUGAGUGCUACCAUCGAUGCUGAAAGAUUUUCCCAAUAUUUUGGUGGCUGCCCUGUUAUCCUUGUUCCAGGGUUUACUCAUCCGGUCAGAACUUUCUAUCUGGAGGAUGUGCUUUCAAUUGUAAAAUACAAUGAAGAAAAUCAUCUUGAUAAUGCUACAUCAAAUAAUUUGACAGACAACCAUGAGUUAAGUGAGGAAGAUAAAGUUUCACUUGAUGAAGCUAUUCAUUUGGCUUGGUCUAAUGAUGACUGUGAUCCACUUUUGGAGCUGAUUACUUCUAAAGGAUCCCCAAAGAUCUUUAAUUACCAGCAUUCAUUGACUGGCCUUACGCCAUUAAUGGUGUUUGCUGGAAAAGGAAGGGUGGGUGAUAUGUGUAUGCUGUUAUCCUUUGGGGCAGACUGCCACUUAAGAUCCAAAGCUGGAAUGGGAGCUCUGGAGAUUGCUGAGCAGGAAAAUAAUCAAGAAAUAGCUGAAAUUUUGAAGAAACACAUAGAUUCUGCAUCUUCAAACUCCACGGAAGGGCAGAAGCUACUUGAUAAGUAUCUUACAACAGUCAACCCUGAACUUGUUGAUGUUGUUCUGAUCGAGCAGCUGAUACGAAAAAUAUGUGUGGACUCAAAGGAUGGAGGAAUCCUUGUUUUCCUUCCAGGUUGGGACGAAAUAAAUAGAACUCGUGAAAAAUUGCUCCAAUCCCCAUUUUUCAAUAAUUCAAAGUUUACCAUUAUACCUCUGCAUUCAAUGGUUCCAUCAAAGGAGCAAAAGAAGGUUUUUUUGCGCCCACCGCUUGGUUGCCGCAAAAUUGUUCUUUCAACCAAUAUUGCUGAGACCGCCAUAACCAUUGAUGAUAUUGUCUAUGUCAUAGACACUGGGCGGAUGAAAGAAAAAAGUUAUGAUCCUUAUAAUAAUGUCCAAACUCUUCAAUCAUCUUGGGUUUCAAAGGCAAGUGCUAAGCAACGAGAGGGACGUGCUGGCCGCUGUCAGCCUGGAAUUUGCUAUCAUUUGUAUUCAAAGUAUCGAGCAGCUUCCUUGCCUGAUUUUCAGGUUCCUGAAUUAAGAAGAAUGCCUAUUGAAGAGCUUUGUCUGCAGGUGAAGAUGCUUGAUCCAACCUGUAAGGUAGAAGAAUAUUUGUCAAAGACACUAGAUCCUCCAGUUUUUGAGUCCAUACGAAAUGCCAUCAUAGCUCUUCAAGAUAUUGGGGCAUUAUCUAUUGAUGAAAAGCUCACGGAGUUAGGAGAGAAGCUUGGUUCUCUUCCUGUUCACCCCUUAACGAGCAAGUUAAUUUUCGUCGCUAUAUUGAUGAACUGCCUUGAUCCAGCAUUAACUCUAGCAUGUGCUUCUGAUUAUAGAAAUCCAUUCAUAAUUCCCAUGUCAACUGGGGAUAAGAGGAAAGCUGCCGCUGCCAGAUCUGAGCUUGCUUCUUUGUAUGGGGGGUGUGGUGAUCAACUUGCUUUAAUAGCUGCAUUUGAAUGUUGGCAUAAUGCAAGGACAAUGGGUAAUGAGUCGUGGUUUUAUUCUCAAUACUAUGUGUCCCCAAACGUAAUGUACAUGUUACAUGGCAUGCGCAAACAACUUCAAACUGAAUUGAUUCGAAGUGGGCUUAUUCAAGAAGAUGUUUCAAGAUACAACGUUAAUUCACACAACCCUGGUAUAAUCCAUGCAGUAUUAGUUGCGGGUCUGUAUCCGAUGGUUGGAAAAUUGAUAGCACCCAAAGGUGCAAAAAAAGUUGUUGUGGAGACUGCAAAUGGUUAUAAAGUUCGGUUAAAUCAACACUCUAUAAAUUAUAAGUUGCAAUCAAAGGUAACUGUUAGCCGUCCCUUAGCUGUGUUGGAUGAGAUUACUCGAGGUGAUGGUGGUGGUAUGUGCACAAGAAACUGUACGCUUGUUGGACCACUUCCUCUCUUACUGCUUUCAGCCGAGAUUGCUGUUGCUCCAGUAGAGGAUAAUAUUGACGAUCCCAAUGAUGAGGAGGAUGACGAAGGCAGUGAAUCUGAUGGUGUUAGUGAUGAUGACAUUGAUCUUGAUAACAAGGUCAGUGAACAUUGUGAAAAUAAGUCCUCUGAACCUGGUGCAGAUAAGGUGAUGUCUUCUCCUGAUAAUUCAGUUAGAGUCAUCAUGGAUCGAUGGCUUUAUUUUGAAUCAAGGGCACUCGAUGUUGCGCAGUUAUAUUGCUUAAGAGAGCGUUUGUCAGCAGCAAUAUUGCACAAAGUAUCAUAUCCAAGGGAACCCCUUCCUCCCACCUUAGAAGCAUCUAUAAAUGCUCUGGUGGGCAUUCUGUCUAGUGAUGGUCUCUUGGGCAUGCCUGAUCAGUUAUCAUGCAUUGUUGACACACCGGCAAGUCAGGAGGCUCUACUGAGUUCAGCUAAAACUCAAUCAAACCUAAAGAAGUCUCUUCCUCUUUCGCCAUGUCGUCCUUCAAAUGUGAAUGUAGAGAAUCAUGCACCAAAUAACCAACAUGUAAACUCUCGUAAGUGAGGAUGGAGGUGGGGAUCUUUUUGGGAUGGUGGUUUGAUUACAGGAAUAUCUGCAGGACAUUGAACUGUUGCUAGCUAGUGUCUACAUGAACUUCUGUUCAGAAAAUGCAAUACAGAUCCAAUCAUACGUGAAAAGUUUCAAUGACAGUGCCCCACAAAAUUUCCACACUGAUCCCCUCGUUUACUGGAGUGUCUUAGAAUUUUUUCCCCCCAAAUGUUCUCGCCGAUCACGUGGAUGCUAGAAACAAAUCGCUAGUAAGGCGAAUUCUAAGGUAUCAAAACCCGCGAUUGUGAA